ACCAUAUUUCUUUUUUGUCAUUUCUCUUGAAUUUGUAUCUUUAGGUUGAUAGAAGGAAAGAUCUAGAGAUGGGAUCUUGCAUUAGCAAAUGCAUUCAAUCUAAGGAAAGAGUGAAAGAAAAGGAACAAGAAACAGACAAUAUCGCUAAAGACAAAGGCGUUGUCUCGCAAGUUUUGGUCACGAAUGAAGUGUUGUCUCCUCGUUCCACAGUUAUCCAACAACAACCUCGAUCUCCUCCCUCGUCUAGUAGUACUUCCCUUGCUUCCUUCUCCUCCACCACGGAAAAGAGCAUUAGUUGUUCGACUUCAUCAUUGUCAUCAGCAUCUUCAUGCCCGUCUUCUAAAGAUAAAUCCUUUUCCAACGAGUUCUUGUUAUCUUGUGUGAAAGAAAACCCUCAAAUUAUAAUCUGCAAGGAAACCCUAAAAAAACCCAAUGUUCAAAUUUAUAGCCCGAGCUCACUAGAUAAAGUUCAAAGGCAAAAAACAAAGGUAACUUCGGUGACAACCCAUUCACAAAGAGAAGUUGUUGGUUCAACUCCACAAAAGAGAGUACGUCUAAGUUCACACAACCAACCGAGGCAAACGAGGAUUAACCCUAUGAGACUACCAUCUCCUUCUCCGAGUAGGAGGUUUGUUGUCAAUAAUGAUGAACGAAACCUUAUGAGACCACCAUCUCCUUUGAGGACUCCUUCUCCGAGUAGGAGGUUUGUGAAUUGUAAUGAUGAUCGUAAUUCACUUUACUACAAGAGAAAACCAAGUAAUAGUGGUGCAUAUUCUCAAUUUGGAAAAGAGAAGGAAAGUAUUAGGCAAUUAAGCCCAAUCACCAACUCAAAGUCGAAAAGUGGGACCUCAACAUGCAAACAAACUUGCACUUAUCGAGUCGGUUCAAAGAUUGAUGAGUUCGAGGUCGUGAAAACCAUGGCAAAGCAAGAUUUGGAUGUACAAAUAGAAGAUAUAGACAAUCCUCUCAUUACCUUAGAUUGUUUCAUAUUUCUCUAAAUUCUAAUGCUUUUGUGUUCGUGUAUAGAUUAAGUUUUUUAUAAUCCUAAAUUAUAUGUGUUAUUUAAUUUUC